AUGGGGAGCUGUGAGCCUGCAGAGGCAGGCCUUGAGUGGAACAAGACCGUCAAGAAGGUGGCGAACUGGCGCGCGAAGUGGGCCGUGAAGCUGAAGCGCUUCGUCGAGGAGGUCUACCCAACAGAGUUCAACGCCAAGCCGCUGAACCGCGAGGUGGAGCUGCUUUUGCAGGGCGAGGACCCGUACGCUGCCAUGGCGACAGCCCAAGAGGAGGCAGCUGCAGAGAAGGACGAGCUGGACAUCAAGGACGAGGGCGGUGUGAAGCAGGAGUCCUUCGAGCCUGCUACGACCUUCCAGGGAGCCAAACCCGGCUGGUGCUUCAAGAUGGGCAUGCGUGGCCUUGGCUACUACCGCGAUCCCAAGCAAGACCAAGGCGCAGGCAUCAAGGGGGAAGUCAAGCAGGAGGGCAAGGCCAAGGUCAAGGAGGAGGACGAGAAGAAGUGA